UAAUAGCAGGAGUAGUUGACAGACGGGGAAACGAAAGACCAAACUAACUAAGGUUUGGCCAUGGCGGACGCGCUGAUCGGGCCGCUGGUGGGGAGGCUCCAGGAGCUGGCGCUGAGCCAGGCGCGGGCGCUGGUGGCGGUGAACAAGGACAUCCGGAGGCUCCGCGACAAGCUCAUGUUUCUGCAGGCCUUCCUCCGGGAGGCCGACGUCAAGCGCCACCUCUUCUCCGACGAGAUCACCAGGGUGUGGCUGCAGCAGACGCGCGACGCCGUCUUCGACGCCGAGGACGCCGUCGAUCACUACUACCUCCAGGUCGACAUGUCAAGGUAUCCAUGGUGGGCUCGUCCAAGUAUGAGAUAUGUUGCAACAUUUACAACACAAGUAACCAUGCGACGCAAGCUAUCUGUGAAAGUAAAGGAUAUCAACUCAAGGCUCGAGGACAUUAUUGAAAACAAAGACAAGUAUAAAAUGGAGGACAUGAACAAGAAGUCGGAAUUAACAUGGAAAGCUGCUACAUCAAUAUCUUAUGCCCACAGAAAGUUGGAUGAUUUAGUGCCACCACAUAUGCCAAUACAUCAUGAUAAACGGAAGAAACUCGAGAAUGUUCUUCUUCAUCCCAUUGAAGAAGAGAAUGAAUAUCACCACCAUCCGGUUGUGAUCUCAGUGGUUGGAAAAAGUGGUGUUGGCAAGACUACUCUCGUUAGAGACGUAUAUGAUAAGAUAGAUAAGAAAAGGUUCACUGUUCAUGCAAUGGAGAGUUUUGCACCUUAUCUAACAGCAAUCAAUAUUCAGUGGCAAAUCGUUCAAAAACUGUCAGGAGAUGGCAAGAAUUGCACUAGAAGCAAUGUCGACAAAGUUUUUGAAGAAAAAACAAUAGGUCAGAAAUACUUGCUAGUGAUAGAUGGUGAAGUUAGCAGCACCGACUGGAAGAACAUUCUGCUUAGCCUCAAAAUUAGUGCUAAAGGUAGCAGAAUAGUGCAUAUCACACAACAUAAACCAGAAGAGCCACCUAACGGAUAUCCCCAUGUCAUUAUUAAUUUAGAAUCACUUGGACAGAAGACUGCUGUAGAACUAUUCCACAGGAGGCUACUCCAUAUUGAAGUGCAAGACAAAAAAAUUCAUGAUCGCCACCAAGACAUCCACAAUAUCACCGAAGGAUUGCCACUUGGCAUCGCUCUUUUGUCAGGUCUUUUACAAACCAAGGAGUUUCCAAGUGAGUGGACCAAUGUAUUUGACUAUCUUAUGUCCAAGCAAUCGAAGCGACUACAUAGGAUACUAUCGGUGUGCUUCGAUGAUCUCCCACAUGAGCUGAAAUGUUGCUUCCUAUACUUUGCUGCACUGCCCGCCAACAUCAAGAUUGAAGCCCGCAGAUUGGUGUGUUUGUGGAUGGCAGAGGGAUUCCUAAGACCAAAAGGUGGGAAGACAAUGGAGAAGGUGGGUUACAUAUACCUGAAUGAGUUGAUUGCAAGGAAUCUAGUUAAGCCCGUGCAUAUGGAUGAUGAAGAUACAUCUAGUGCUGGGAGUAUAUUUGUCACCAUCCAGAACAAAAUCCAUGAAUUUUUGCAGUUUGAAGCACAAGAGGCAAGUUUUGUGGAAGUCCACAAUGGUGAUGAUAUCCCCACAUUAACAAGUGCUCGUCGCCUCUCUCUACAGAACUCCACCGACAAAUAUGCUGUCCUAGCUAGUUCUUUGCCAAAGCUACGAUCAAUCUUCUCACACUUUGAGCAAGAUUACAAGGAUCCCAAAGAAGAUCAAAUUUAUUUAUGUUGCUCGCCUCAACUUAGGAAAAUCUCUAAGUGGAAGAGGAACAAAGACAUCAAAUCUCAUAUACAAGGAUUGUUGCAUAGAUCAGAGUUCCUCCGUGUCAUCAAUCUACAAGGCAUCGAGAUUGGUCAGAGGUUGCCAGAUGAAAUAGGCAAUGUUGUGCAUGUGCAUUACCUUGGAAUUACAUCUUGUUCAUUAGCGGAAAUCCCACAAUCCAUUGGAAGGCUCACUAGUCUUCAGACACUAGAUGUGAGGGAAACUAAUGUUCGGGAACUCCCAUUGGCCUUCUGGAUGAUUAAGACACUAAGGCAUGUUUUUGGUGGUUUCCUGAAAUUCCCUGAGAAAAUUGGCGGGUUGAAGAACCUACAAACACUUGACUCCGUACAACUUGAUACAUUGGAACAAGAUUUGGUUGGGACAUUAGGUGAGAUGAUCCAUCUUGAGUACUUAAGAGUUGGGUAUUCUUCGGAAGGCGAUGUGGGGGCUCUCUCAGAUGCUCUAAACAAGCUUGAGAACCUUAGGACUCUAAUCAUAAAAGGCAAAAAUAUUCCAUCAAGUGUGUUCACUAGCUACACACAUCGCCGCCUCAAGUUCAUAGUGUUAGAAGGAAAGCUGGAUUUGCCAUCUGAGUUGAAUGGUGGCUUUUUCCUUCCUAAUCUCAUUACACUUUCACUGGUGAGAACAAGUAUAUCUCAAGAAUUCAUUGACAAGCUGGCUGAGCUGCCCUUUCUUGCCAGCCUUGCCCUGUAUCCCAACUCCUACAGGGGUGACUGUAUUGCCAUCUCUCCUGGUGGAUUUCGUUGCCUGAAGAAGCUCAUGGUUGAUGUGGAAAAACUAAAGAGAUUUGAGGCCAAGAAUGCGCUUCCAAAACUCGAAGAAUUGGAUAUUCACUCCCAGUAUGGUGAAUAUUGUUGUCUCUUUAAGGAAAACGUCGACCAGAAGAAGACUAUUGUGGCCGAUCUUCUAAAAAAGGAUAAUGUUGAAAACAAAAGGUCGUUAAUAAGAAGACUAUUUGAUUGAUCUUCUAAAAAAAUAAGUGGGCAUACAUGAUAAACAACUGGAAAUGACACCCCAUCAGCUAAAGUUGUAUGAUUUACCGUGUCAUUAUUCUUAUGUACUAUGUGGCUACUAGACUCAUUUUAUGAUUGUGUGUGUUUGUGUGCUUGUGUUAAUAUUGUGAACUAUGUAUUGUGUUAAAGGUUUCGUGCAUUCACAACUCAAGCAGUCAAGCAUGUAUAGUAUGCUAAGUCUGAAUUUAUUUUAAUAUUGUUUGUUAUAACUGU